UGAUGGCAGAGGUCUUCGAAGUGAAGUUCGGUUAAUCUAAACCAUAUCUAUGAUCUAAACGUUGGUAAUUGUUAGGAUUUGGUGUUAGUUUGUUCUCGUAAUUAGAAUAGAAUGGUAGGAGUAGGAUUAAAAUACAUUUUUGUCGCUGGAUUGGGUAAUAAAAAUACUAAUAUAAAAAAUGCGAGUUUAUUCGAAAAUCAGUUGCUUAUUUAUUUUAAGGAGUCACGACGAUUUCUACCAGCUGUACCAAAACGGUUUUAUAAAAAUGUGUCGAUUUCCCAAAUAAAUGGGAAAUAUGAAGUUAACCUGGAUCAGAAAAAAUUAAAAACACCGUUGGGAAGAGUUUUUCAGGUGCCUAACGAAACCCUUGCCUUGGCCGUGGCUAACGAGUGGGAUGCCCAGAAAGAGAAGAUACAACCUCAUACAAUGAAUAUUACUGGUCUAUGUUGCACAGCUCUCGACAAUCCCACAAAGAAAACCAAAGAAAAAUUUGUGUCUGAAGUUCUCGAAUUCUUAGAUACGGAUACCUUGUGUUACAGGGUAAAUGAACCUGCAGAAUUGGAACAGUUACAGAAAGAAAAAUGGGAUCCUGUUAUCAGUUGGUUUCAACAGAGGUAUCAGGUGGAAAUGAAAGUUUCCGACAGUCUGCUAGCUCCUGUUAUUCCUCAACAAACAAAGGAAACGCUACAAAAACACUUGUUUUCAUUCUCUGACUAUGCACUGUUGGGAGUUUCUUUUGCAGUAGAGAACUUGAAGUCUUUAGUUUUGACGUUGUCCCUCGUGGAUAGAUUUCUUGAUGUGGAAACAGCUGUAUCACUUUCAAGAUUGGAAGUUGAAUUCCAGACAGAUCAGUGGGGUAGAUUAGAGUGGGCUCACGACCUUGAACAGAUGCAGGUACAGUCCAAAGUUGCUGCAGCUGUACUCUUUGUCCAUUUUAAUAGUGAAUCUACAGAGUACCUUACAAAAUGUAUGAAAAGAUAACAUCAAACGAUUAGAUACAAUAUCCCAUCAAUGUAGAUCUGGGUAAGUGAGGUUGCACAUAAGUAGUUUUAGUUUUAUUUGUCUGUGAAUUGGGUAUUCAAGUCAGUGAAUGUCCAGCACUACUUAAACUAACAGUUUUAAAGUAAGUUUGUAAUACAAAAUUAAAGUCAAAUGUAACUAGUAUUGUUAGUAGUGGUGUGAGGUUUUUACCAGUAUAUUGUGAUUGAAACCUCACCAGUUUGCAUAUCAAAGUACAUUUCCUGAGAACCUGUCUUUCAUGAUGUUUUUUUCAAAUCAAAGUUUUCAGGGUUCCCACACUUUCAGUGGAAUAAAAUACAUGAGUAAAUCCUGAAUUUCUCUGUAAUAUUUUUUAUGAAUUUCAAUUAUUAUUUCAUGUUUUUUUCUUAGAUUUUGUAAUGUAAAGCUGUCAAUCAGUAUUGUAUUUAAAACUGAAAAUGACUCAUUGCAAAAUAAAUUUUGUCAUCAUAA